AAGGCAUAUAAGUUAUUAUUUCCUAAGCGGCCACCUCCGUCACGUUAAGCUGCAGCCGUGGUGCGUCUCUUUCACUCUCACAACAGUUUUGGACGAAGAUUUGACUACUAAUAGCCAUGGAGAACGAUCUGCUCAAAAACAGUACAGCUGGUCAAAGGAAGAUGAAAUUUGCUCCAAAAGCACCUCCUCGUCGUAUACCAAAACCUGAAGUCAAAGAAGAAAUAGCAGAGGACGCUGAUGCUGCUCAAGCCAGGGAUUUACUUAAACGCUUCAAUGAAAGCACCCUAAGGGCAAGGCAAAGAAUUGGGAAAAAAGCGGCACCUACACAAGUUGCAUUUGGUUCUGGAGGUACAUCAAACACCAUAAGAUCAUUUGGUAUUUCAAAAGCUGGAAAUAGACUCGGAAAUGAAGAUGGAUCACUUCCGUCUACUACGAGUAAGGAGUAUGUAGAACCAUGGGAUUAUUACAGUUAUUAUCCUGUAACUCUUCCUUUGCGGAGUCCAUAUUCAGGAAAUCCAGAUUCUCUUAACGAGGAAGAAUUUGGAGAGGGUUCAGAAACCUUAAGCUAUGAUGAAAGAACAACAACUCCAGCAGUGGAUCUUGGUCUAUUGGAGGAGAAUCCAGAAACAGACAUAUUUUUUCUGCAAUUACCACCUAUGGUGCCUGUGAUAAAGCAAUCCUCUACUGUAGAAGGGAUUGGGGCAGCCAACAGCUCGGAAUCACAACCUAGACAGAAAACCUGCUCUAUGAAUGAGUUACCUUCUGGCUCCAUGGGUAAAUUGCUCGUGUAUAGGAGCGGUGCUGUCAAGCUAAAGCUUGGUGAUAUUAUAUAUGAUGUUUCUUCUGGAAUGCAUUGUGGCUUUGCACAAGAUGUUGCAGCUAUCAAUGUGGAAGGAAAGUAUUGCUGCAUCAUUGGGGAGCUUAGCAAGCGUGCCAUUUUAACACCAGACGUGGAGUCAAUGUUAAAGAAUAUGGAGGAUUUAUAAUUAUUUUCUCUGAAGGCAGGAUUUUCCCCUAGACAUAGAGAUAUUGACGAGAGUGAUAUUCUUCAUCAAAGCCCCGAGUGGAUAUAAUAACAUCAAACGAUAUCAGCAGAAAAAAAUGCACUGGUUCGUGAAAGCAGAAGAGUGACUAUUUUCUCUCUUGUUUAGCCCCUAGUGCCUAGAUAUUUAAUUACGAACAAUUUUCAUGUGAUCAAGUAGAUCGAUUGUAUUAACUACAAUUUUGACAAGAACAAUAAAUCUCAUUCUACUUAAA